GCUCAGCUGGAGACCGACUUUGCUUAUGGAAGGGUUAUCCUACGGUGGGUCUUCCGUUCUUCCUCUUUAGCAGCUACGAAUUGCGUAGUUAUUGUUCCUGCUACAGCUCGAUACUAUAAUUAUGAUUCUUGUGGUCAUUGUGAUUCUCGGAAACUCUGGCACCUUCAUCUCGUAAGGAGAGCUUUUUCUUUUGCUAGUCAUUUAGAGACAGAGUCAGUCUCCUUUUUACCUCUUCUGCCUUUCAUAUGCUGCUCAUAUUUGAUGGAGGACGGCUCCUUCUGCGGACACUAUGCGGCCGCCGAGGCAGCUGCGCGGCGAUCGGAAUCCGAGAAGAAUGGAAGUGCUGGCAACAGAAGUACAAAGAGAAAAGCGCGCGAAGGCUCCAGCGAUUCUGA